CUGCCUCCAAUGAAGCUGUACUCUCUGAGGGAAGGAGGGUAGAGCUGGUCUCUUAGGCCUCCUCCUGCCUGCACUCUCCUUUCCAGGUCCUUCCGCUCGGCGCCCGCAGCCCGCGCCCCCUCUCAACCUUCGGAGCUUUGGACGGGCUCCGGGAGUGGGUUUGCUGGAGCUGCCGGGGCGCCACUGGAGACGGAGCGGGCGAAGGCAGAGGCGAAAGGUCCGCCCUGAGGAAGGACGGGGCGUGCGUCCCCCGGGCUCCCACUGGCCGCGAGCUCCCACAUCUGGGGCCGAGCUCUCACAUCUGGGGCCUGGGAGCCGGGCCCUCGUUGUGCGCCGUCGGGACAGCGGCUGCGCGAGGCCGGCCGGCGGGGCGAGGACGGCGCUGACACCUCCAGCCCCGGCCCGCCGCGAUGGCAGAGGAAAACAUCUUCCUGUUUGUGCCCAACCUCAUCGGUUAUGCCCGGAUUGUCUUCGCCAUCAUUUCCUUCUACUUCAUGCCCUGCUGCCCCCUGACGGCAUCCUCCUUCUACCUGCUCAGCGGACUCCUGGACGCUUUCGACGGAUACGCUGCUCGAGCGCUUAAUCAAGGGACACGGUUCGGGGCCAUGCUGGACAUGCUGACUGACCGCUGUGCCACCAUGUGUUUGCUGGUCAAUCUGGCCCUGCUCUACCCUCGGGCUACCCUCCUCUUCCAGCUCAGCAUGAGUUUGGAUGUGGCCAGCCACUGGCUACACCUGCACAGCUCUGUGGUCCGAGGCAGUGAGAGUCACAAGAUGAUCGACCUGUCUGGGAACCCAGUGCUGCGCAUCUAUUACACGUCCAGGCCUGCUCUAUUCACUUUGUGUGCCGGGAACGAGCUCUUUUACUGCCUUCUCUACCUGUUCAACUUCUCCGAGGGACCAUUAGUGGGCUCCAUGGGGCUCUUCCGCCUGGGGCUCUGGGUCACGGCCCCCAUCGCCCUGCUCAAGUCCCUUAUCAGCGUGGUCCACCUGGUCACAGCCGCCCGCAACAUGGCAGCCCUGGACUCAGCCGACCGGGCCAGGAAGAAGUGACCCCCAAACCCCACUGUGCCACUCAUCUGCCCGCUCCCCGGGGGUCCCAGGUCCAUGUUUUCCUUGUGGAGUCCAGCCUCUGGGAAGGGGGUCAACCUCUCGGGUGAUAAUGUCAUGUUGGGCAGUCUCCCCAAGGGCCUGGACUUCAAAUCAGGAAGUGAAGCUGGCUGGCUCACAGACCAGAUCUUGUUGCAGCCGGUGGUUCAAGCCAAGAAUGCGCGCGAGUGAAAGGGGUAGGGGCUGGGUCACCCCCAAAGCGGAGAGUUAGAACUUUGCCCCUGGUUGGAGGAAGCCAGUGGUGGCUGCGGGGCCAGGCCCACGGGACACCGGGCUUCUAGAUCCUUCCCCAUCGCUGUCUCCUGUUCGUCCUCACUCUGGAAGCCUCAGAAAUAAAGGUGGGCGCUACA